AUGGACGCUGGGCCACCCUCAUCCAGCAACGUCUCACCCGGGCCUGGGCCGCAAACCAGUCGGAAAGAACGCGGCGCCAUUGCAGCUCAGGCCUGUGAGACGUGCCGCAACCGAAAGCAGAGAUGUGAUGAACAGAGGCCAAAAUGUGGUACGUGUCAGAGAUUCAAGCUUGACUGCCGAUACCGAGAACCUCAACCCACAAAGAAGGACAAGACCUUGGUUGAGAUCCUAGACCGCCUCAAAACUGUCGAGUCCAAGAUAGACAACUUGGGCCUCAGAGACACUACGACUCCUCCCCUCUUUAGCACUUCGCAGCCGGCAACCACCUAUCCCGCGAGCACGCCGCUUCUGGUGGACCCCGAAACCCGAGAUCCUCUUCCGGGGGCAUCUCUCCCCUCAACGAGCCCGACGCCUUCCCACCAAGCGGGAGGCUAUCGCUAUGACCCCUCAGUGCCGAGGAUGCUGGAGUGGCCUGUCAUGCGCCAGAUGUUCGAGAGCCUCGGCCAAAAGCCCCCAUCACCGCUGGGCGAGCACGAUAUCCCCGCCCUCCCAAGAGGGCUCCGUGACUCAAGCAUCGCUCUUCCCUCAGAGGGCCUUCAGCCAGUGGGCCUUUCAGGCAACGCCAGCCUUCAGGUGCCUCUGCAGCUCACGGGCUCUCCGUCAGCUCUCAACCUCAGCCCUCCCAGUGUCGACUGGGAGACGAUGCAACGGCUGAGCAAGGGCUACUUUGAUGUCAUCAACUUCCUCCACCCCAUCAUGGACCGGCAAUGGUUCAGCUCCAACACACUCACAUCCAUCCUCAACAAUGGGUUCCAAGAAGGAGCCAUCUCGUCGCUUGUACUACUUGUCCUUGCUCUCGGAGAGGUGGCGCUCACGACUUCUGAAGUUCCGAUAUCUGCGUACAAACAACGCCCAUCGGGGAUCAAGGGGGGGACUAUUGAUCGGCCGCCUGGCCUCGGAUACUUUAACGAAGCAAGAAAACGAAUGGGAUUCGCACUUAGCGAGGUCAGCCUGGAGAAUAUUCAGAUGUUUGCACUGGCGGCUCUGUACCACCAGAGCUGCGGACAGGCCCUGGAGUGUUGGAGGAUGACAGUGUACGCAUCCUUGGCUUGCCAGGCUUUGAUAACAAGCAAACCCAACGAGCUUCACGGCCCUCGCGCAGAUUUGAUUAAGCGGAUAUUUUGGCAUUGCUCCAUCAUGGAAACGUGUUUUCAUAUGGAGUUUGGGCUGCCCCUGACUGGUCUGGAGAAGCUGGACGACGCCAUCGGCCUCCCAGACUUUAGCGGGCCGAUCACCGACGACGACUAUAUUGGCAACCAGGCAACUCAUUUUCAGGAACACUUUGCAUCGCAGAUUGUCUUGCGGAGGCUUUCUGCGAGUUUCCACUCGACUCUCAGCAAGGGUUUUGGGUCUUUUACAGGGUCGUCUAGCAGCGGUAGCCCGGCCCUAAUGAAGCAACUCGACGCACAACUUGACCAAUGGCGGGGUAUGCUCCCAGGCCACCUGCGAUGGCAAGACAACUUGAAUCAGUCGAUGGGCUUCUCGGAUCCCUCGCACGAUGCCUUUGGCGCCGUCUAUACCGGCCAGCCUCUGCAGAGCACGUACAUGUUUACCCCUGACCUCGAUGCACCCCCUGCGAACUACCCAUACGCCGCCGAUAUUCAGGUGGCGCUCCUCCGAACCCGAUAUUACUACAACAAGUAUCUCAUCUACCGACCAUGCGUAUUCAAAGCUCUCCACUACCCAGAGAGUCUGACGCGCGAAGACGCCGAAGGUGCAGCAGAGUGUCUCAAGGCGUCGCUCAAGUGGCCAAUUGCUCUGUCACCGCCGUGCACCAACAAGAGGCUGGUACCAACUACCUUCUUCUGGUCACAGAACCUGUUUGGCAUUCUCAUCCUGCUGCAUCUAUCGCAGCAGCACCCGAUGCUGGUGCGAAUUCGGUCGUCGCUUUGCGGGCAACGCUUCGACGUGGAAGCUACCGAGAGUGUGAACGCAUAUCUAGAUUGGCUACGCGACAUGAAGAAGAUAGACUCGACAGCGAACUGGUGCUGGAAUAUCAUUCGCUUGAUCUAUCGACUGGACGAGUGA